GCUGCUUCUCGCAAGUCAGUCCAGUCACUCCCUUUUCUGAUUCGUUUGGAAAGCGAAAAGGGAUAGAGAGAAAGUGAAGGGGAAAAGCAGCGAGAAAGUGAGAGAAAAGGCGAGAAAAUUCGUUUGAAAAAAUCAUUCCGCCUCUCAAAAUUUCAGCUCAAUUGUUCGGUCUCCUAGGGCGAAAACCCCAGCUGAAGGAAAAAAAGCCAUGAGCAUUCCUUUGCCUGCGAGGCACUUGCUGCCUCUCACCACCACCGCUAUUGAUUGUCCCUCCAAGCCCUUAAGGUCCUUUCACAGCACUGCGGUUGCUGCUGAUUUGAGCGUCUCCUCGCUGGGUUGCUUCAAUCCUUCGAGGAAGAGACCCUCGCUCUCCCAACAGACGUGGCUUUGUGGGAUUAUGAGAAGGGAUCAAGAUGUCAACAAUUCAGACUUUGGAGAGGAGAGUGAAAUGCGGAUACUCGGUCCUGAAGACGAUGCUGGCACUCAAAUUCCAACUCAAGCGCAAUCUCUUGUGGAAGGAUCUGGUGCUGUCAUGGUAUCAGAAUACAAACCAGUUCCCGAAGUUGAUUAUUUGCAGGAGUUAUUGGCCAUUCAACAGCAAGGCCCUCGAGCUAUUGGCUUCUUUGGGACAAGAAACAUGGGAUUCAUGCACCAGGAACUAAUUGAGAUUCUCAGCUAUGCAAUGGUUAUAACUAAAAAUCACAUAUAUACGUCGGGUGCAUCUGGCACUAAUGCGGCAGUCAUCAGAGGUGCUCUAAGAGCAGAAAAGCCAGAGCUGCUGACAGUAAUCUUACCUCAGAGUUUGAAAAAGCAGCCUCCAGAGAGCCAGGAAUUAUUGUCUAAAGUCCAGAAUGUGAUAGAGAAGCCUUAUAAUGACCAUCUACCUUUAAUAGAAGCAAGCAGACCUCAUAAAAGCAGUUGGUAAUGCUUCUACCCAAGUUGUACAUCUACAAUAUUGGAAGUUUUAACUUGUUUCUAUGGUAUCUCCAGUUUCUUCCUGUAGUACAUGCAGUAGCCAGCCUCAUUCUGUACUUCCAUGUUUUGUCAAGAUACUGUGUUAUAGGGUAGUGAAGGGUAUUGGUUGAGAUAUGAAUUAUCUGUUAAAAGCACUGAUUGAGAAUGUCGGUACUAUGGUCUAGGGGACUUGGAGGAGGAUGGAUGCAAUUUAGUAAACAAUUAGAUCAAACACUUGUGCUUUCUUUGAUCCUAUUUGGUGUUCCUUUUCCAUUUGCUUCCAAUAGUUCGACCUACCCAGAAAUACUUAGGUUAGAGCAUGUAUUGUGGUAUAUGUACAAAAUAGACCAGUUGGCAGACUUAUCAAGAGCAGAACUUGCGUUGUCAGCUCUGAAGGCUAGGGCAUUGGAGUUCGAAAUUUCAUUGCCUCACAUAACCAAAUGUUCUUUGCUUAUGUAAAAUUUUAUAUGGUUAAUCAACAUAAUAUAUAUGGUUAGUCGUAGAAAUGCCUGUUAGCUUUUCAGUUGGGCUGCAUGGAUUUCUUUUUGGUUCUGUAUGCUUGCUUGAUAAAUCAAACCCUUUUGAAUGAAUUCUACUAGAUGAACUUUGCACAACUUCGGUUAUUUGUAGACUUGAGGAACUUGUCCAGAUUUUAGUACGCAGUUCAGGCUAUAAUGUUGCUAACUGGAUAUACAUACACCUAUUUCAU